AGCUGUGUUUCCCUACAGGCUGCAUUAUAUAGCUCUCCAACCAGUCCCACAACGCUGGGAAUGAUGUCAUGGGAUCAGUUCAGGGAGAUGAAAGGCUGAAAGCGGAACCCGCUGGCACUGGGGAAAGCUUCCAACACACAGCUUGAGAACAAAAAGCAAAGAAAGAAAAGUCUACAGAUCCAGCCAUUCAGCUCCAAGAAUCACGUCUUUUCCCAACCAAAAAAAAAUAAAAAAGGAGGGCAGAUGGACCUAUAGGGAUGAGUUUGGAUGCAAGGCGAUUGAGAAAAAAAAGCAAAGCAAGCCAGCAAAGAAGGAAACAUAACUACCUGCUGAAAAGAAAGUUCUUUCUCUCGUCUCCAAAGCCAAAGCCUUUGAUGUAUGGCAACAGAUCACUGAUCAGAUUACAGGCAUUGGGUUUCACUGCUCGUCUGCCUUUGAUCUGCGUGCUUAAUUUUAUUUUCCUGGAUUUGAAGGCUGCCUGGGCUUGUGCUGACAUACUUUAAAAGAGGGAAAAAAAGCAGAUGAAGGCAUUUUAUACAGAAGUUCUGGCAGACUGAAAUUCAGUUGCAAGAAAGGGUGGCUAUUGGAUACGUCUCAGCCGACAUCAGGUUUAAUACAUCAUUAAAGGGAAGAUUUCAGAUAUGUAUAUAGAAAGGUCUCAAUGGUGGUCCUUCAUAGUGAAGCUGCUGAUAUUUCUAAUAUACUAUUCAAAUCCUAUAAUUUGUGAAACGGGUGGCUGCCGAGAACAAGAGUUUAGAGAUCGUGAUGGAAACUGUAUGUUGUGUGAACAGUGUGGACCUGGAAUGGAGCUAUCUAAGGAAUGCGGCUUCGGAUAUGGGGAAGAUGCCCAGUGCAUGACAUGCAGGCCAAACAGAUUCAAGGAAGACUGGGGCUUUCAGAAGUGCAAGCCGUGUUUGGACUGUGCUAUAGUAAAUCGGUUUCAGAAAGCCAAUUGUUCUGCUACCAGUAAUGCCGUUUGUGGAGACUGCUUACCAGGUUUCUACAGAAAGACGAAACUUGGAGGGUUCCAGGAUAUGGAGUGUGUUCCUUGUGGUGAUCCUCCUCCUCCUCAUGAACCUCACUGCACUGCAAAAGUGAACCUGGUGAAAAUCCCAUCAACUGCUUCAAGCCCACGUGACACUGCUCUGGCUGCUGUGAUAUGCAGUGCACUGGCAACUGUGCUUUUAGCUCUCCUCAUCCUAUGCGUGAUCUAUUGCAAAAGGCAAUUCAUGGAAAAGAAACCAACAUGGUCUAUGAGGUCACAGGAUGUUCACUAUGAAGGCUCUGAACUGUCCUGCUUUGACAGACCACAACUUAAUAUGUACGCUCACAGAACAUGCUGCCAGUGUCAACGAGACCCGUCACAAAUGUGUGGUGCAGUGCAUUUGAUUCCAUCGCUGUGCUGUGAUGAGACGUGUAGCUUGGAACACAGUUGUCAUAACUGUACUUUCCACUCUCGAGCCACACUUCAUGAAAGAGGCUCAAGUUCAGUUGGGGAAAUGAUUCCAGCAUUCCUUGGUUCUCUGUCACAUUCUGCCUGUGGAGAUCUUUCAGAUGCUUGGCCCCUGAUCCAAAAGCCAACUUGUUGCGAUAGCAUUUCUUCCUGUGAGUCAUAUCCUGAGCUAAUAGGAGAAGAUGAAAAUUCCUUCAGCCAAGAGACUGAAAAAACAGCCAUUGUGGAUUCUGAUGCUGAACAGGAUCUAACAAUAUUAACAACUUCAAAGUCUCCUUUUGGAAGCCUGACAGAAGCAAAUGAACUGCCUAAAAAGACUUAUUGUAUCACAACUUCAUUAAGCCACUUUAUGGCUGCCGAACCACUGUCAACAAGAGAGCAUGACAGAAUAGUUAGCAAUUCAACAAACUGAUGAACAGGGAAUCUAAAGGACGCUCCUUGGCAACCCAUCAACUGAAUGCUUCCCUCCGUGCCUCUCCUCUAAUGCUUGUGAAUGGAAUGUAGCCUGGAUCUCGAUGUUACAAGGUUUCAGAAACAGCUGAAAUAAACUGGCAGCAUUUCAAAGCUCUUGGGCAGUUGUGUUUGAGGCACAGCAGCUGUAUGGAAAACUUCAAGGAGAAGCCUGGUAAAAGGCCAAAGGCCGUUCCAUGCUUCUCUCUCUCUCCCCCCGCCCCUCUCUCCCUCAUUCUUUCUCUCUCAUAAACAGGAGGAUUCUGUGUGUCUCAUUGACUCACAAAGUUUAGACUAGUCUUGCAGCUAAGAAGAUUAUGUAAAUAUAACAAGCAACAGAAUAGUAUGUUUGUAUUGCGUAUGGCUGCUAACAGCAGCAGAUGUGUGUUGAGGGGUGCCUGUUAUUUGUUGGCAAAAGGAAGCAUUUAAUAAGAUUUUCAACAAGCUGUGCAGAUUCAGUGUAGAAUGUGCCAUAAAUCUCAUACAGCAGAGAAUCCUUUUUUUUAAAAAAAAUGAAUACACUUAUGUUUUUAUGUCUCCAUACAUUCAUUGAUUGUGAAUUGUAAACUAUGAUAUCUGACAUUUGCCAUCUUAUAUGUAUAAAUGUUUGCUGUGCUGUGAAAAUUGGAAAUGUGCUUUUUGCAGCUUGAUGCUGGGUAUAUUUACACAGAAUUGUGUCCCACUUGUCUCAGUGAUCAGAUAAAUGUGCGUAGUAUUACAGUUUUAAUGUGGUGGUAACUUUCCAAUACUGAUAUUCUUCUGUUCCUAAAUAUAUAUACUAAUAGGAGCCCCCAGUGGUGCAGCAGAUUAAACUGCUAAACUUGCUAACAAAAAGGUUGGCAGUUUGAAUCCAGAGAGAGGAGUGAGCUCCAGCUAUUAGCCCAGCUUCUGCCAACCUAGCAGUUUAAAAACUUGCAAAUGUGAGUAGAUCAAUAGGUACUGCUCUGACCGGAAGGUAACAGCGCUCAAUGCAGUCAUGCCAGCCACAUGGCCUUGGAUGUGUCUAUGGACAACGCUGGCUCUUUGGCUUAGAAAUGGAGAUGAACACCAACCCCCAGAGUUGGACGCAACUAGACUUAAUGCCAGCUUUCAAAUAAUAAUAAUACACUUUAUUUAUAUUCUGCCCUUCUCCCCAAGGGGACUCAGAGCAGAUUACAGCAUUUACAUAGGAAAACAUUCAGUGCCUUUACAGUCAAAUACAACGAGACAUACAAACAAAGGUAAAGGCUUCUCCUUUGUGUUGUCGAAGGCUUUCAUGGAUGGAAUCACAGGGUUGUUAUGUGUUUUCUGGGGUAUAUGGCCAUGUUCCAGAAGUAUUUUCUCCUGCCAUUUCACCCACAUCUAUGGCAGGCAUCCUCGGAGGUUUCUCCAUAUACCUCACAACCUCUGAGGAUGCCGGCCAUAGAUGUGGGCGAAACGUCAGGAGAGAAUACUUCUGGAACAUGGCCAUACAGCCUGGCCACAACAACCCCAGCUUCUCAUUUCAUUUCUGGAUUCUGAGGUGGUGCUCAUCUCUGGCUCUCGGGAGGUGCUUUUUCUUCAUUUUCAAGCCAAGGAGCCUGCAUUGUCACCUCCUGGUCAUGUGGCCAGCAUGACUGGAGCGUCUCUUUGCCUUUUCCUGCUGAAGUGCUACCUAUUUAUCUGCUCAAUUUGCAUGUUUUCGAACAAGCUAGGGCUUGACAGACAGUAGCUCACCCAGUCUCAUGGAUUCGAACUGCUGACCUUCAGGUCAGCAAUUCAGUGGAACAAGGGUUUAACCCAUUAUUCCAUCAUGGCCCAUAAAAUAAAUAAGCUUUCAAAUAAAAUAUUUCUUGUAUAACUUUUUUGCAUUUAUACAAUAGCACUAUUGGCAUUAUCUACCCAAAACUAAGCACAUGGAGGUGCGUUAUUUCUUUAUCUAGUUGUUUCAGACUCCUAAAGUAUCAAUACUCAUUUUGUCUAAAUUUAUAGCUGCUGCCUUUUAGGUUCAGAAUGAGAUCAAUUCAAAGAUAAUGAAGCUGAUGGGGAAAAUACCGUAUAUACCAGGCAUGGGCAAACUUUGGCCCUCCAGGUGUUUUGGACUUCAAUUCCCAUAAUUCCUGGCCUCAGGUCACAUCUUUUUCCCUUAAUUUGUAGUUAAGACAACAGGAAGUGAGAGAAAUAUACCCCUUAGGAAGGGAAAUUCAUUCCUGAAAGAGUUAUCAUGGGAAAAAGGGGUCUCCACUGAAGCUUUCUCACCAAUCCUUAUUUCCACAACAACCCAAAUUUUUCAGAUCCAAGUAUCACAGGAACAGAAAGAGGGGCAAAAUCUUCUGACAGGGACACAGGCAGCAAAACAAACACCACAGGGGUGUUCACCCUUCCCUAUGCUAUCCAAAACUAGAGAUAUAUUUUUGGCUAGGGUUACACUUUAAAAAAUGUACCUGUUCCAACUUACAUACAAAUUCAACUUAAAAAUUUGGGGACUGCCUGUAUAUACAGUAAUUUACAGUUUCUUUUUUAUACAUUACAUUAUCUUACAAUUAGUUAUAUUUUUAUUGGUUAAACCCUUGUGCUGGCUGGACUGAUGUCCUGAAAGUUGGGUUGCUAAACUGAAGAUUGCUGGUUCGAAUCCACGAGACGGGGUGAGCUCGUGUCUGUCAGCUCUAGCUUGCAGGGACAUAAGAGAAGGCUCCCACAUCCCGGCAUCCCCUGGGCAACGUCUCUGUAGACAGCCAAUUCUCUCACACCAGAAGCAACUUGCAGCAGGUUUUCAAGUGGCUUCUGACACAAUAAAAAAAUUCUAAACCUGUUACAGUAGAGUCUCACGUAUCCAACGUUCUGGAUUAUCCAACACAUUUUUGUAGUCAAUGUUGUCAAUACAUCGUGAUAUUUUGGUACUAAAUUCAUAAAUUACUACGUAGCAUUACUGCGUAUUGAACUACUUUUUCUGUCAAAUUUGUUGUAUAACACGAUGUUUUGGUGCUUAAUUUGUAAAAUCAUAACCUGAUUUGAUGUUUAAUAGGCUUUCCUUAUUAUCCAAGAUAUUUGCUUAUCCAACAUUCUGCUGGCCCGUUUAUGUUGGAUAAGUGAGGCUCUACUGUACUUCAGAUCUGGAAUUUUACAUUAUCUUACUGCACUAAAAACCUUACCAUGAUGUAGGUGAAAAAGUCCCAUGAUUUCAGCAUCACCGCCCCUGCACCAGUUGCUGUUUUGAGCUUAGGAGAGAAGAAAGAAGCUGCAUGUUUCUUUCAAGAAACCCAUUUCUCACCCAUGAAUACCCCAGUGAAGAGAAAUGGAUGAAAUUAGAAAGAAACCUUCAGGGAAGGACACAGGAAACACACACACAAAAAAACUGUGUUUAUGAACAAUAAAUCUGACAGACUCUCCAUCAACAAUGCUCCAGAAGAACAAUUCCCAAAACUCUCUUUAAAUAAAGAUACAGGCCAACUGCCUUCAGAGGAGCUGUGUAUACAGUUGCACUGCUAUACAUUAUACUGAAUGACAAGCACAUUCUGUUUACAUAAUUGAGCAAUUUAGGGCUGCAUUUCUAUGCACACUUACUUGAGAGGCAAGAUGUCAUGAAUUGACUAGUUUUAUUUCAUGCAAACCUAUAUUAGAUCAGGCUACAAUGUCGGAAAACUGUUGUUACAGAACUCGUGCUGUUUUUAUACAGUAGGAAAAAAAGCAAGCAAAUAAUAUGGACAUUUUUGUAUGAAGAAUUCUAUAUUUGUGUUAACUUUGUAAAUAAAAAUAAUCCAACAUGCAUUUCAGUAUUCUGCAAAACAGUUGAUAGAAUAGAGACUACUGUUUACUUUUUGAAAACUGCUUUCAAAGUCAUUUUUGUCAUGUUUGUUUCCUGAAAGCAUAUGUUUCUCCUUAGAAUUUACACUUUGUAUAAUUGAGCUUCUCCACCCGCGAUGGUUAAGAUCAAAUGUUCAAAAUGAAGCAAGGAUAGUAUUUUAAAAUGUGUAUAUUAUGUAAAUAAAGUUUACAAAAGGUUUGAUUUAACCAAAUUGGACUUGAUUAUGUUGCCUAUGGCAAGCAGUGGUGUAUAUGCCAAUAGAAAACAUACACAGCCAUUCUUAAACAAAAACAUUUUUUCAAUAUUUUAUAUGCAGUCAUUCAAGAAUAUGUGUGUGCGUGUAAAUUACAACGGUGUGUACAUGUUUAUUUUUUAUAUUUGUUAAUAAAUAGCCAUUAAAAUGUU